AUGUUCACAAAAAUUGGUUCAUCUUUAGUGUUACUCACGAUCGCAUGUCUCGCUUUGUUCAAUUUCAUUUCUGCAAUACCAACAAAUGUAGAAGAACAAGAUGACAAACAAUCUGUCGGAACUUUACUCGAACGAUUUGGUAUUGAUCAUGAUUAUCUUGCCGGAAAUCAUCGAAAUAAUAAUGAUGAUGAUCACGAAAAUCAUGCUGUUAUGCUAAAACGAAGAGCUAUGAAGAGAAAAUGGGCCAAAUUCUUCCAAGGAUCUGAAUCACCAUAUGCUAUUGCAUUUCCUGCUUUAAUUCGUUCACGUCGAUAA